CUGGUCAAGAGGCCUUGGGGUCCGGAACCAUCGGCACCCCGCAGCUUUCGGAAUUCGUGGGACUUGGAAGGUUAGUCCAUGGUCCAUCCGGUCCGGCGAACAUAUAACUAGACACGGCCAUUGAGUUAUCGCAGCCUCUUGGCGCACAAACGGCCGCUAAGAAUCAACUACUACCCGCAGAGCUACUCCCUGAAAUCACUCAGCAUGUCCACUCCCAACCUUCCCUCUUUCAGCUCCAAAACCUGCCUGGUCACAGGCGGGGCAGGUGGCGUGGGUAAAGUGAUCGCCGAGGCGUUUCUCCGCGCCGGAGCAAACGUUGUCGUUUGUGACAUAAACCAAGAACGCCUCGCGGAUGCUUCAACAGAAUUAUCGAAUUUUGGGUCAUUGACUACUUUUGUCGUGGACAUCACGCGCGAGGAAGAAGUGCAGCAUCUUUUUGACGCCAUCACCGUCAAAUUCGGCAAGCUCGACAUUUUGAUCAACAAUGCCGGCAUUAUCGAUCGGUUUCAGCCUGUGGGGGACAUGGAUGUCGACAUUUGGAACCGAGUUAUAGCUAUCAACUUAACGGCGCCCAUGCUGGUGAGCAAACUAGCCGUAAACAGCAUGCUAACUGCCAACACGGGCGGGUGCAUUAUCAACAUUGCUUCCGUUGCGGCAAAGGCUGGAAUGGUUUCAGGGGCGGCGUACGCCACCAGCAAACACGGGCUCCUGGGACUCACAAAGCACACGGCGGCAUUUUAUGGCGAGAAGGGAAUCGGAUGCGUGGCCUUGAUGCUGGGCCGCAUGCCUGACACUAAUAUCCUUGAAAGCAUGACAAACGCCCACGAGGAGGGGCUGCGCAUGGCGCGCAAGGUGCUGUCCGCUGGCGAUGCGAGGCCUGUGAGCAUGGAAACCGUGGCUGGAUAUUGCGUGAUGCUUGCGCAGGAUAACUGUCGUCUUCUGAAUGGUGCCUGCAUUGGUGCUGACGGCGGUUUGGGCUGUGUGCUGGGUUGAAUGGAAUGUGUCUAUAGAAAGUCAAACGGGAGCGGAAUAAGAGACAGACGAAACAAGCGUAUCCGAUCUUGCAUAGAUUCUAUUAUGACAUACGUUUACCUUUGACUUGGUACAGCUGGAUGUCAUUUUGGUAUAUCUCAGGGAGUAAAUGCCUGCAAGCUUAUCAAAUGAUCAGGCGUUUCAUUGUGGCUCAUAUGAUAGUUCACGGUAUUGACAUCUGGGCAAACAGAAGGAGACAGAUAAUAAAAUUC